AUGUCCAAGAAGGGGAAUGAACCACGAAGUGUAAACGUCGCUGUUGUUGGUUUGUCUGGCUUAGACAGAGAUCAAGCUUUUUUUGGAGUGGGAAAGUCGUGUUUGUGUAACCGCUUUGUUCGACCGUUGGCCGACGAAUAUCUCACAGAACAUUCUUCGGUAUUCAGUUCCUCUGAUUUUGGCGGACGAGUGUUGAACAACGAUCAGUUUUUGUACUGGGGAUAUUCAACUAAGACAGCAGAAGAUGGAAGUGAAUUUGCCGUUCAUGUCAUAGAGCAGACCGAAUUUAUCGACGAUGCGACUCUUAUGCCGUUAUCACGGGGAGGACAGCUUACACCAUACCCAAAACGGUGUGCCAUUUCAAAGCUCUCCUCCGCUGAAAAGUUGAUGUAUAUCAGCCGGGAUCAAGUAGCUUUACAGAGCGACUACGAGCAAAUCAUUCUACCCGGGGGAAAGAUUACUAUCGAUGGUUUUCUUGUCGUUUACGACGCCGAAGCUACGCAGUCGAAACGACUCGAAGAGCAACAAGAGCGCUUGUUGUCUUCUAUUCUCACUUAUGUGCAGAAAAGUAAAAAACCGUUUGUGCUUGUGGCAACAAAAUGCGACGACACACAGCUUAAUUUACUACAGGAGGUUCAUCGUUUUGCUCAGUCUAAAAAGUUGAAUGUCCCGAUCAUCGAAACUUCAGCUCACGAAAAUGUGAAUGUGGACUUAGCGUUCUUAGCUUUGGCGCAGCUCAUCGAACGCGGACGGGUGCGUUCUAAAGUUAUCCCUUUCACAGAGGCGCAAAGAACUCAACGAGAAUUAUUAGAAAAAGCCGUUCAGGAUUUUCAAAGGCUUAUUGAUAGAACAGUUACCGACUUUCGUGUGAUAUGGAAAAACACGAAAAAGUUAGUGGAAAAUGAAAGGGAGUUUCAAAUUCACCGCGAUCUUUCCGGGCUGGAAGCUUGCAAGAAACUUUUUAAUAAGCACAUCAGAAAGUUAAGGAAAGAAUUCGAAGAAAGGAAGUUGAAUGGGUAUUUGUCUAGACUUCCAAGUGCAUUAGAUGAGCUUAUACCUAGUGCAUCUUCGAUGGAACUAUGCCACUGGAACUGGCAAAAUUGCCAAAAGGCGAUUCGAAAUCACAAACAGUUUGAUAAGUGGAUGAUAGUUUUGCCGGAGGAGACAGCUUGGAAUGAGAGCGAUCAUCUACUCAACGACGAUCCACGUGUUCCUUUUGACAUUUUGUCUCUCCCACGAGCAGAGAAAGUGUUUCAGAACCAUGCGGAAAAGUUAAAAGCUGCGGAAAAACGGCUCCGUAUGAUGAACGAAUUUCGUAAACUACUGGAGUUGACGCCGCAAAUUCGACCAGGCACAACGUGGAUAGAAGCGGCUGUGCUGUUGGAAAAUGAGGAAAGUUUUCAGUACUUGAACGACUCAGACAAAACAAAAAUUUUUGACACCUACCGUCGUGACAUUACUGAGAAAGCCAAAGCCGAUUUUCAAGAGUUGUUAUUCGAAUCAGCAGGGUUGUUUUCAAAACUUGAACCCAAUACGCGACCCUCGAUCGCUCCCGAAGACAUACGGGUAAUAAAAGAGGCUUUGAGCGAGGACGAUCGUUUCAAACGGCUCGAUAAAUUGGACAGCGAUCGCGAAAUCGGCUUGAUAAAUCACAUCGCUCUGUUGUACAGUCCCACCAGAUGCCUCAGUGGAGCGGAGAAAUGCCGCGAUCGGCUCAUGCAAGAGAUCGUAGCAACGACCACAUACAGGUACAAUUUUUAUCUAUUAAAAUCGUCUGUUUUGUCCUUGCAAAUAAUUGAUGAAAUAUAAGGUUGUAAGUUUCACUGGUGCCAAUUUCAACUUGGGUAAUCAUGAGUAAUGCUUAAUCACAAUGAAAUAUUGCACUUUGGGUGUUGUUUUUUGCUAGCUUCUUUUAAUCGGAUUUAAAACAUCAAUAGUUGGUUUUAAUUUACUACUCAUAACACAGCAGAUAUAUUCCAUACUCAGCUCAUCUUCGUAAUUUUAUGCAAGUCAAACGUUCUACUCGUGCUUCAAAUUUUCCGGAAAGUACACAGAGAUUUGGAGCCCCUGAUUUUAUUUACCAGCUCUUAAUUCAAAAUAUGUGCACUUGUUUUGGCAAAACAGAAAGCAUACCCACGCUUAUAACCUCAGGGAGAAUGUUUUUGUUGUCUGGUUUCCUUUCACACUUGUCCCUUCACCCAAAAAGGCCUUUGUACAAUCAGAAAUGAUAUGCGCAUAAUUUCUGUGUUGAAGAUUUCUCAUGCAUUUCAUAAUAUCUGUUUCGAAUUUAAAAUAUUUCUCCACCCUCUUUUAGCCUGAAAUUUUUAUUUUUGUGUUGUUUUGAAGGUGUCAUUUUAUUUUAAAUUAAAACUGUGAUUUCAAAAUCAUUGACAGAAGUUUGGAUUUAUUGCACUGUUUCAGGUGAUUUUUUAUAAUUCAGCAAUCGAGCAGGUUUUAAAAAGGGGCAUAAAGAUAAAGAGUAAAAAAAAUCCACAACUGCUACAUCCAAGGUGUAUCAGUUUUAAAUUUUUUCGAGAAUUAAAUUUUCCAUGGUCCUUCAGUUUUAGACUUUGUAUCUCUUUUGUGCCACACUUAUUUCUCUUUCAUAUGGUAAUUGAGCCUGACAAGUAAAUUAAGUUGUCACUUUUAUAAGCUUCUUCGUUGAAGCUGAACUUUUUAUUUUUUGAGAUUCUUGAGCCACUGAUGAGAUCACUGUUUUGGCUGUCUCUGGGAUAUUUAUUAAAAUUACAUGUAAUUUCAUGUGCACCUGUCCUUUGUUACACAAAGCAUGGUAUUGUUGUAGCAUUACUAUGCAUGCAACCUGUUUUUAAGGGUUAAAUUUCAUUAACAGAAAAAUAGAAUGAUAAUCGUUUGAGGUAUAUAUUCACACGAUUUUGCUGUUUUGGCACAAGCAAUUAAUUAAGAAGCUAUUUUUUGUUCUGUUUUCUGGGUUAUUCGAGGUCACUGAAAAGCAGAUGAACAGUUGAACACAAUUGCGUGAAAAUUUAUAUGCCUAACACUUGUCUCAAACAAGCUAAGGCCAGUAUCUUUGUUUCACAGAUAGCGGGAAAAAUCAGAUUGCAUUAGGUUGUCUCAUUUGUUACUCAGAUUUCGUUUUUACAAGUAGUUUACAUUUUAUAACCUUUAUAUCCACUUCAUGUAAUUUUUUUAAGUAUAUUUGAAAUUACAUCAUUUUCUGGAUAGUGAGCUAAAGAUGUCAUGCAUUUACAUGUACAUGUAGAUGAUUCAUUAUUGACUGAAUGACAGUCAACAAAACAGUGCACCUUAACUUCUAGAAUGAAUGAAUUAUUAUAUGUUGAUACUCUACAAACAUGCUUUCACCAGUUAUUUUCAUCAAUUUUAAGUUUAUAUGUAAUUAAAUUUGAUGGAAUUUGAUUGUGGUAAACUUUGAAAGUGAAAGACUAUUCUAACAACUCUUCAAUUGCUUAAAGAGUUAAUCACAAUUGCUUUCAUCCCUUUAUUUUUUUUAAAGAUCUCUCUUAUAUCCAUGUACAUUAUGUGUAUGGUACUGUGCAUGUUGUUGCUGUAUAAAAUUUGAACAGGGCUGCAAACCGAUUCAUUUUUAAGACAUUUACCAGUAAACAUGGACAAAACAUAAUUUUGUUUACAUUGUGGAUCCAUUUUUAUCCUGUAUGUUUUUAUGUAUUCAUGUACAUGCACAAACAAAAUUAUAUCAUUUUCUGGAUAGUGAGCUAAAGAUGAUGUCAUGCCUUUACAGUGACAUGUAGAUGAUUCAUUAUUGACUGGAUGACAGUCAACAAAACAGUUGAAGGUUGAUGCACCUUAACUUCUAGAAUGAAUGAAUUAUUAUAUGUCUUUACUCCACAAACAUUCUUUCACCAAUUAUUUUCAUCAAUCUCAAGUUUACAUAGAAUUAAAUUUGAUGAAGUUUGAUUGUGGUAAACUGUGAAAGUGAAAGAUUACUCUAACAAUUCUUCUAUUGCUUAAAGAGUGAAUCACAAUUGCUUUUCAUGCCUUUAAUUUUUUUAAAAUCUCUCUUAUAUCCAUGUACAUUAUGUGUAUGGUACUGUGCAUGCUGAGAUUAACCAAGCUUUAUCAAAUUUGAACAGGGCUGCAAACCAAUUUAUUUUUAGACAUUCACCAAUAAACACAGACAAAACAUAAUUUUGUUUACAUUGUGGAUCCAGUGUUAUCCUAUAUGUUUUUACAGAUACAUGUACAUGCACAAACAAAUAUUGUUCUGUUGCAUAAUGGAUAUGAUCUUUUUGUGUUUUUAUCUGUAGAAGAAACUCUUGUGUACAAGUUUUAGUAGAUACAUCAUGGAUAGUUUUUUUUUUUUGCAAUUUAUUAUGAUUUUACUGGAGCAGUUGGAGCUUGGUGUGUUUCUUAUUCUGUAUUUUUUUGACAGGCCAACAUUCAUGGACAGUAGUGAGACACUAGACAGCGAUGACAGCCAAAUUAACCUGCUUAUUCUGGGCAGUGGGGGUUUUGCUCAGGCCAUGGAAAGUGAAAUUCGGGUAUGUACAUGUAUAUAUUACCUUUCUUUGCUCAUUGUCUUUGGUUACAGAUUAUACAGUGUCAUCAUAAAAACAGAAAUAAUAAUAAUAAUAUUGGUAAUAAUGGAACAGAACUGCCUGUCACUUAUUUCAAGGUUGAAAACAUUUACAUAUAACCUUUUAUACUUUAAUAUCAGUAUGCAAGUUUUCCAUAUUGUUCCCUAUAUAUUCCUGUAAUACUGACAAGGAAAAUUUGUUUAGCAAUCGAGAGCUUCUUGAGUUUGCAAUCAUUUCCUUUAUUCUCAUGACCUUAAACCUUAAUGCGCGCAGAUUAAAGGGUAAUCUUUUGGGAGAAAUUAUCUGCCUAUCACUCCAAGGGGUUAAAGAGUGAAAUAUCCAGCAUAGUUUCUCUCUCAAAAAAGCCAAACUUUAAUUUAGUAGUGUCUAGUAUGUUAUUUUGUUUAUUUCCAUGUUUUAGUUUUGAUAUUUUUCUGAUGUUGCAGACCCAGUGUUCAUAUGGAG